CUGGAAAAAGGCUAAUGAAAACAGGAGCCAAAGCAAAAUACCCAGAAAUACCUUGGUCGUUUGCACUUGGGAAGCACUAUGAUGAUGUACCAUUUCAUGAUCACUUUUAUCCUAUGGUCUUCCUACACUGUGGGACAAGUUCUAAAAUGUGAAGAGCCACCUGACAUUGACUUUGGAGAGAGAGUAAAUGAUGGCAAAGCAGAAUAUCAUGAAGGUGACAGUAUGGUAUCAGUGCUCUCCUGGCACUACCCCAGUGGGUUCUGAAUGGAUAGAAUGUCGUGAGAAAAACUGGACACCUCUGCCAAAAUGCUCUGGUAUGCCAUGUACUAUCACAAGGCAACAGCUAGAAGAGAAAAAGCUAGUUCUGUCCAAUGGCCAAAGUCAAGGAGUCAUAAUCCUACAUAAUCAAAGCCUGGAAUUUUCUUGUGCUAAUGGAUACACCCUUACAAAGCCAAAUUCGAGGACAUGUAUGGAUGGGCACAUGGAUUUCCCAACCUGUAUCUCAGAGGAAGUAGGAAAAUGUGGACCACCUCCACCUAUUAACAAUGGAGGUACCAUCAACUUCCUGUCACCUGAAUAUGCUCCAGGAUCAACAGUGGAGUACAGAUGUCAACAAUUUUAUGUGCUACAGGGUUCCCCAAUUGUGACAUGCAGAAAUGGAUUAUGGACAAAGGAACCAACAUGCUUAGAGGCAUGUAUAGCAUCAAAAGAAAUGAUGUCAAAAAAUAAUAUAGAACUUAGACGGAGAAAUGAUGACAGACUUUAUGUAAGAACAGGACAAGAGAUGGAAUUUACUUGUCGUUGGGGAUAUCGUUUAGCUCCAAGAUCACCUCCAUUAAGAGCAACAUGUGUAGAAGGGAAAAUCAAUUAUCCCAAAUGUAUAUAACAGAACUUUUUCACUAUGGUGAGUUUUAUACUAAUCCUGAGAUUUUCUGAUGUGAAUUCCAUUCCUAUUUUGUGAAAUUCUUGUUACUGUUAACACAUUUAAAUGUCAUCAUCAGGAUGAAAAGAUAAGAAACUCACUUAGUUCACUUCUAAGUAUACCACAGAAGAACCAUCCAAAAGAUAUUAUUUUUUGACUUACUCUUCAAAAUCUCUAGGACAAGAGAUUGAAAACCUUCCCCCAACUUCCACCACCACCACCACCAUCAAAAAAAAAAAAUUAACCUUAAUGAAUCGUCAUUAUAUGACGACAUGAAUUGGGUUUUACAAGGUAUUGUGAUACCAUGUAUAUUUCAUUUUCAUUAGCAAUUGAUCAAAAAUCUCUUUGUUCACUAAAAGAUAAUGACUCCUUCCUUUUCUGGUACCUAACUGUUAAUGUUGUUGUUUGUCCUUCAUUCCCAAAGAGGACCAUAACAGAUGUCAGGACUUGCAAUGAAUUUAAUUUAAGUGAGGAAGGGCAUGUAAGGUCACCACCCUCACUCUCUCCCCUGGAACCAUUUGGGUCCAGUGGCAAGAUAUAUUAUCAGGGUGACUGGAGAUGGCUCCAGGAGUUCUUUUUUUUUUUAAUGGCACCUAAAAAUAUCACUUCAAACUCCUGUUCAUUGUCCUCUUUUAAGGACAUCUUUAUACAAAAUAAAAUGUUUAGUUUAUGUGGUUCCUACUGGUGUUAUUAUAUAAUGAAAAAUUUAAAAAUAAUUUUAAAAUAUUUCAGGGACAGAUGAACUACCACCAUAUACAGAUUUUCAGUUGUGUUUAUUAAACUCUCCAAACCCCGGUAGGGAAUGGAGCUACUGUACUGGGGCAUGUGAAGGAAAAGAGAAGUCUUAGACAGACAGAAGUGAAUAAGGGAAUUGACAACAAUAUUCUCAGCACUAUUUUCAGAGCUUCCUUGGUUCUCUAUCAAUAUGUGGAGACCCAGUUAGAGAAACAAUGGUAUAGAACAGAUAGAAAAGCAAGGGAACCAAUUGGAAUCUCUUUUCUCCCAAACUUUAUAGGACCAUUUGAGACCUUGUAGUUAUAGAAACUUCUUCUGUAGUUGAGGAUUGGUCACUGAACUCUAACAAUUGUCUUCUGUCCCUCCAAAACCUUCUGCACAUUCUUUUUUUUUUUUAAAUGCAACAUCAAAGGAUUUCCCACCAUUUUUCUAUACAAAUACUUUGGUUGUUCAUGAAGAACAACUUACUAAUUUUUUGCUUUUGGUGGUGUUAUUUCCUUAGGUAUUAAGCUAUAGAUGUAAUGAAGGAUGAUGCUGUCAGCCAUGUCUUACCUCCGUUUGGAAAUGAUAACUAUGACAAAUGCCCAGCCUCAAUCUGUACUAUUUGACCACUUUCUCCUUUGUGAUAAAUGCUUUGAUUUAGUUGUAUUCACACAAUCCAUAAUUUAUUCAAUUUGCUUUUGACUUAAAAAUGUUCACUUUUUAAAUUGCAAAAGCUAAACUAGGAAACAGUUAAGAGAAAGUCAAUAUGUAUCAAUAAAGCCUUCACUCUAAGAAAACACCGAGUUAUUUAACUACCUGUGGUCAUCCCUUCUUCAUAUGUUCAGGGAGUAAUUGCCAGGCAGUUUGCUCUGUAGUAAAUGGGAAAGAUCAGCAGUCUUCUGAGGAAGAGAAUUAUGCCUGAGCUUCUGAAAUCCCUUUGCUUACACUUAAAAUUCAAGUGCUCAUUGUAUCUAAAAAGGCCAGAGCUUUCUUUUAUUAUCUUUGAAAAUUGUUCUUGAUCUUCAGAAAAUCAUGGAGACCAAGAGAGGUGCUGCAGAAAAAGACAAUAUUAUCCCUGUUUUUGUUUUGUUUUGUUUUGUUUUUUAGUGGAAAGAGUGUUGGGUCUAUAAGACAUAAGUUAGGAAAAUGUUCUUUCAUUCCCAGCAACAUAUAAGCAGAAAACUGUUGGUGUAGGGGUUGGUGGCGGAGUGGAGGAGGAAACCAGAGACUACCCAACAUGGGGACAUCUUUCCAGGAGAGCUGAAAGCAGGCAGAAGAGCAGAGGCCGAGUUGAAUGAGCAAAAAUUUAGUUUCUGCCCUAUCUAAAGAAGAUAUUGGUUAGAGUUUAUUACUCUACCCCCCACCCAUCAAAUCAGAGGAUAGAGGUCGCUGAAGG